ACGUGUUUCGGAAGAAACUUAGGAUUAUAUUUAGAUCUAGAAUCUAUUAGGACUAGAUCUAGACUAGAUAAUUAAAUCUAUAUCUAUAUUCAAAUAUUGAUCCAGAACUAAUCUAGAAUUUAUAUAGAUCUAUAAAUAAUUAGAUCUUUAUCUAGAUUCUAAUAGUAUUAGCAGAUCUGCGAGAUCUAUAUUAUUCUAUAUUCAAUACUGACAAUAGAUAGAUAUCUUUAUAAUCUUAAUAUCUAGACUAGUAGUAGAAUCUAGAUCAGUGACUAAUACCAUCAAAAUAUGUUGAGAAGAAAACAACUGCAUCAGUCAAGUUCUACAAAAUUUAAAGAACCAGAAACUUAUAUUCAGCCUUUGGGUGAACAAGUAAAGGAUGAAAGAGAGAUUACUUUGGAAGAAGAAGUUCUCGCAACAGGAGAAAAUGUUAUUGAAGCACUUCCUUCAAUCAAACCAGGUGAACCUAAAAGAAAGAAAAGGAAAAGACAUGGUCAAGGUGAAAUUGUGAAAAAAUGGGUUGAUUCAGAUGAUGAAAAAGCACCAGAAUUCGAAGUUAUCACUCCUGACUGGGCUGGAACAUUUGAUGAGGAAAAAUCAGAAGACAGUGAUGAGGAAAUAUUAAAAGCUCACAGUCACAACAGUAUUGUUCCUUCAUUGACACUGCCCUCUACGACACUAGAGUUUAAAAGAGUAACAGAUGCUAAUAAAGAAGAACCCAGCAAGGCAAGCAUAAAAUGUCUAGAAUUCCACCCUAAAGCUACUGCGCUUCUUAUUGGAGGCACUGACCAAACAGUUCGAUUAUUUGCGAUUGAUGGUAGCAAAAAUAGAAAAAUCCACAGUAUCUUUCUUGAAAGAUUUCCAGUGUUUAAUGCUCACUUUAGUCGUUCUGGUAGUGAGAUAAUAAUGGGAUCCAAAUAUAAAAGAUUUUAUAUCUAUGACAUGGAAGGCAACAGUGGCAUUACUUUUAGACCUGAAGUAAAAGGUUUAGAGGUUUCAGCAAUGUCUAAAUUUGUUGUCUCACCAGAUGGAAGAUUCAUUGCAUUUUUAGGCAACUUUGGUUUCAUUCAUUUAUUUUCACAAACAAGUAAAGAGUUGAUUGACUCACUCAAAAUGAAUGAAUCUGUUAAAAGUGUUAGUUUCUCUCAAGAUGGCAAGUUUAUGUAUUCAUUUGGAGCACAUCUAUCAGACUUCAUUGAUUUUGGGCAAGGUUGCCUCUGUUACACUGACCACCUUUCAUAUCACAAAGGAUACUUGCCCUGUCCAGUGCAGCUGUCAAACUAUAAGUAUAAUAAGCUGUUCUUCUAUACUGUCCAUACCAGCAUUCGCAAGGACAUCACUAUUUGUGGUGUGCUCUUGCCAUCGUAUGUUCAUAAUGAUACACAGACAUCUUUGAUGAAAGCCUUCAAGAAGUCUUAGUUGGUUUCUGUAUAAUACCCAUGUCUCAGAUCCACGUAGAAAGGAUAGAGAAAACCACUGCAUGGUAGGCACUUUUUUUUUUGGCAGGCCAAGCGAUUUAUUCUGCCACUCUCUCUCUUUGAGGCAUCCAAAGCCAGAUGGUUAUCAAUGUCCCUUAAAAGUGAUGUCCAUUAACAGUCCAGACCUGCCUACCGUUACGCAAAAUGCGUAUUUGUUACAGAAAAGGUGGGGGAACACAUUUUGUCCAGAUCUAUAUGUUGAUUGGUUCUUAAUAGCAAUUAGAUUUAGUCUAGAAAUGAAGAACGCGAGAGUGAGGGAGUGGCGGAAAGAAUCCCUGAUUCCCGUAUUCAUUUGUAUAGAAAAAAAUAUCGAAUUGCUAUCGAUUCAAAACACAUUGAGUGACAUUGUAAAUAUCUAGUCUAGAUCUAGAUAACUUGUUAUACAGGAAUAGAUCUAGCUGCUAGAUAGAGUCUAGCUAGUCAUUAUGUUAUGUUUCUGACUAGAUCAAGAUCGAUAACAUCUACUACCAUCUUGUCUAGAUCUAGACUAGAUUCUUAUUCUUAGUAUAAAAUAGAUCAAGGAUGAAAGUAGGCCUACGAAAGUUUGGUGUAAACCUACGUUUGUAUCGGAUCCACUGCAUCGGUAACACUUUUGAGCCCAGAUCUAGAGUAGAUUAUAUUCAUUAUAUAGACAUAGUUCCAGAUCUAGUCUAGAUAUCAUCUCUUUUGAUCUAGAUUUAGAUUGUAGAUCUAAUCAUGACAUCUAAUAUUAUAUAUAUAUAUAUAUGACAAAAUAGUGGAUCGCAUAAGUGUUACACAUUCUGGUGCCAAAAUACGCAUUUUGACCAUCAACGUUACACAUUUGAAUUUUUUUUGUAGGCAGUUCUGACAGUCAUCUUUGGGGCAAAGUGGAUUUCAUUGGGUGACUUCUGAAACAUGACUUCUGUUUUUCCGAUGUUUUUUUUGUUGUCAAGCCAAAAGAAGUGGCAGCAUGUGAACAUUCAUUGACCACGAGCUGGAGCUUGUCAAGUUGGGAUUUACAUGUUUAGCUUGGGAAUGAUAUAAUGAACUGGGUCACCCACCUCGGCAUGUUAAUACAUUGAUAAAUAACUAAUAUCAUAUAGUACAUGUUUAACUAACUAAAUAAAUAAAUCUGACAUUUAAUAAUGAAAUAUGAGUGGUUGGUGAAUGCUACCUUACAAAUGUGACUGGCAAUUCAUAUAAUAAUAACCAUGAAUAAAUAACACACCUGACGCUCACACGUAAUCCUGACUACACGGCCUACAAACUUUAAAAACUACACAAGCUGAAAUGUGGAUGUGCUAUAAUCAAGGCCUGGAUUAACCUGCCUAAAACCUGGCUCAAUCUUGGUCCAGAGUAUGACUUGAUAUGUGCAUACCAGACCAUGGAAGUUAGCUUCCAUUUGCCUGCCUGAACAAACUUCUGUCUCUGAAAGAGCCAAGCAGAUGUACAUUUUUUUACUUCCCUAUUACUGAUUGAAUGUGUCCCAAGAUACAAGAGUCAGUGACAAGACUGAAGACCAAGCAGAUCGGGGAAAUUUCCACAUAUUCUUUGUCUGUUACACAGCCAUGCAGGUGACUUGAUCCAUUGAGGAACAUUUGUGAAUAGUGACAUGUUUGUUUGGGGCUUUCUUCCGUGCCACCAGUGUAAUGGAUUAAGUCCCUUUUCCCUUUUAUAUUAUUCGAAAUAUUUAUAUAAGUUAAUUAAUUUGAUAUUAAGCAGAGAUCAUUUUCAUUGUUCUUAUAACAAGAGUAAAAUAUCUUUUAUUUUGUUUUGCUCAUUCAUUUCUUAAAUACGUUUAUUAAAAUAAAUGAAAAUGAUUUAAUUAAUUGUGUGUUAAUGUAGGAAUAGAAAUAAUAUAAGCUUUGAUUUCAAACAAAAAUUCUUUAUAAUAUGUUAUUGUUGUUUUUGUAUCAAUAUUAUUAAGGAGAGAGCAUUAUCUUAGAAAUAGAUUCAAAAUACAGUUUAAUUAAAUUAUAUUUUCACAAAUAUCCAUGUUUGAUUGGCCAAUCAAAGAACAGUAAUUUCAUGCCUGUGAACUUGUACUACAUUAAAAUUGACCACAAUCUGAAUACUUUUAUAUAUUUUUAGUCUGAGUGUAAUGAUCUUGUCAAUGGAACUGAAAUAAUUUGUUUAUAGUAGUAUUAGUAGUAGUUCAACAUUAAUUACAACCUAAAUACAAAUUU